AUUCCCCAGCGGCCAGAGAGUGCGGUGGCCCAAGGCUUUGGCUUUAUCUUUGACAAGGAGACAGGUCCGCAGUGGGGACCAUGGGCGCCUACAGAGACUUGGCUUCUGGCGACACCCUCGGGAGUGUGGAGGAACAUGAAAUCCACCCUGCCAUCCAAGCCGCCAUAGACCUCACUGCCGGCGCAGCAGGGGCCGCAGCGUGUGUGCUGACCGGGCAGCCCUUCGACACCGUAAAAGUAAAGAUGCAGACAUUUCCCUACAUGUACAAAGGCCUCGCUGACUGUUUCCUAAAGACAUACAACCAAGUGGGUGUCCACGGCCUUUACAGGGGAACCAGUCCUGCACUGUUAGCCUAUGUCGCCCAGGGCUCUGUCCUAUUUUUGUGCUAUGGCUUUUGCCAACAGUUUGUCAGGAAAGUGGCAAGAGUGGAGCAGAGUGCAGAACUGAACGACUUUGAGACUGCCACUGCUGGGUCACUGGCUUCUGCAUUUGCUGCGCUGGUCCUCUGCCCCACUGAGCUUGUGAAGUGUCGGCUGCAGACUAUGCAUGAAAUGAGGGUGGCAGGGAAGACAAAACACAGCCACAACACAAUUUGGUCUAUGGUUAAGAGUAUCUUCAUGAAGGAUGGUCCCUUAGGCUUCUAUCGUGGACUCUCAACCACUCUUGCUCAGGAAAUACCUGGAUACUUCUUCUACUUUGGGGGCUAUGAAAUCAGUCGAUCAUUUUUUGCGUCAGGGGGAUCAAAGGAUGAACUAGGUCCUGUCCCUUUGAUGUUAAGUGGAAGCUUUGCUGGGGUUUGUCUCUGGCUUAUCAUAUUCCCAGUAGACUGCAUUAAAUCCAGAAUCCAGGUUCUUUCUAUGUUUGGGAAGCCUGCAGGAUUAAUUAAAACCUUUAUAAAUGUUGUGAGAAAUGAAGGAAUAUUAGCCUUGUAUUCUGGAUUGAAAGCCACUCUGAUUCGAGCCAUCCCUUCCAAUGCUGCUCUAUUUGUGGUUUAUGAAUACAGCAGAAAGAUGAUGAUGAAUGUGGUAGAAGAAUACUGAAGUGUCUUGAUGAAUCCUUGUCUGAGCACACCAAUGUGAGGACCACAGCUCUACAUGUCAAAGAGUUCAAGACCAACAUGGAGUUAUCUUUGACUGGGAAUUUCGGGUUUGUCUUCCCUUCCUCAGAUCUCAAACCUUGUGGAGAGAUCUUUAUAGCAUAUGUUUUUUUUCUGCAGUCCUUCUGAAAUAGGAAAAUCACUACUUUUGCUGAUGGUGGGAUCUACAGGGUGAACCCAAGACCCUAUGUACUUAAUUAUCAGGGCUUCUUCAUAAAUCUAUAUAUGCAUCUUGAAUGGUGGUUAUGUGUUGUGAGUGAAACAUAAUUUGGUGCUGUUCAGUGUCAAGUAUCACCAAAAUAUCUUGAGGUGAUCAUGCUUCAUGUUUAUAGGUAUUGCUUAAUUCAUUCAAGAUGUGGGUUAUGGUUUGAAACCUCUUUAAUGUGCACUGCAUUAGGCCGUUAAGGUUUUUUUUUUUUUUUUUUUAACGUCUUUAGGUGAGCACCAACACAUUUAUGCUGAUUUCUAAGAAGAGAUUGUACCUGUGUACCAGCAUGGCUUCCGCAUUCGAGUAAAAUUUCAUAAUAGGCAUCCUGGAUUUUUUAUGCUGUCCUUAGUGUGGUUAAAGUAUAGUUAGUUAUAUUCUACCAGCACUGGUAUUGUUAGGUGGGGCAAUGAGUAUCAGAGAAGACUUUGGGAAGCUGUGUGGUCUUUACCUGCAUUAUUUCCUCAUUCUUCUCUUCCAAAGGUGUCAGGCUUUAGAUUGAGGAAGGAGCUAAAGGGAUGGGAUUAUAUAUUGUGCUUUGAUGAUCCAUGUAGAUGGAGAGAAUUCUAAUAACUCCUUGCCUCUGGGUACUGGCCUGGACAGGAAUUCACAGUGUUGGGUUGGUUCACUUUAGGUCUCUCAUCGUUCUCCAUACCAUCACCCAUUUCCCCAGGAAACAAAGUAAAGAAGGCAAGAGUAGGUUUGGUUCUGUUCGGUGACAGAGUAAGAGUCCUGCUAGAUGAAGUCAUCACUUAGGCAGGACUAGUGUGCACUUAGUAGUACAUCACAGUAAGCAAUGUGAAAGGGGUGACUUAACCCCUGAAGUUCACCUUGGGUCCAUAACUGCUUCAGUGUGGUCAGUGUUUUAGUUUUCUAAAUUUGGUUCUGGUGGUCAGUGAACCUUAAAUGACUGGAUUUACAAUAUAAAACAAUGGACCAUAAGAAAAGCCAUUUUACUAAACUCUACGUAUGCAUAUAAGCACAGACUAUCUCCCAAUAAAACUCCCAAACACACCAAAAUGAGAUGAGUCCCCUUCCCCAAAUUAAAAUUCAGUUUACCUCCAACAGACCUGGAAUUAAGCAGAUGUUCAUGGACCAUAUGAUUUUAGAGUCAUUCUUUAUACCAAUAAAGUAAGCUUCGUCUGUGUUGCUACAAGAUCAACAGGGUCUUUUCAAUAACAGGUGUUGAUACCUAUGGAGCUGAAAGAAGGUGAGGUACCAGUUUAAUAGUAUGUGUGCCCUGUGCCAGGCCUUUAACUUCCUUUUUAAAACCCACUAAGCCAAACUAUAGUUCCAGAUGCAAGAUUCAAGUUAAUUAGAAGAUGACAAAGAAGCCCUGCUGGGGAUAGUUAGCAAGAUGUCUCUCAAUAUUACACACAGUCUGCUUAGGAUCUAUAGUUGUUUUUUUUUUUUUUUCCCAUAUAUUUUUUUCUAUCUGAAGCCAUUUGCUAGUUUAAUUAUAAGUUGUUUCUGUGUGUAAGUUCUGUGCACCACACUUUAUGGUCAGUGUAGUCCUCCAGCAUAUAGCAUCUAUGAGCUGGCCUGGAAGCUCUCCUUUCAGCACACUUGCUUCUCACAUACUAUACAUUAAACGUUUAAAUGCCUUCAGUAGAAAUCAUAUGAAGCAAGCAAGAGUGAAUGUGAGUAGAAGGAAAUAGUCACACUUUUCCGGUUUAAUUAACCCUUGGUUUAACUUUUGGGUACAUUUUGUAUCCUUUCAGAUCUCUAGGUUAGACAGCAGUUAAGAUAUGAACAGUGGAAGUGGCUGGGGUCAAGCUCUGUUGUUUAAUCUUAGCUCUGGGGCGGGACAGGAAACCUGGGCUCGCUGAAACGCAGUUAGGAGACCAGGUCAUGCAAUUUUGUGACUAGGUCUUAUGACCUGGUCUUGUGACCAAUAUUAUGGGAAAUCCUGGUUUGAGCAGUUAAUCUAUAUGAGAUCAACCUUCCACCAAUCAAAAGGAAGGAUGUGACCAUGUGACAUAGGAAAUGUUUUACCACAACUGGAGAUCCUAUCCUCAGAACUUCACUGGUCUGUGAGAGCAAAUAUUUACUCUUAAUAAACUUCACUUUAUUCUAAUGAA